ACCUCUAGAACCUGGAAAAGGCAAGGAAACAGGUUAUCCUCUAAAGCCUCUGGAAAGGAAUGCAGCCCUGCUGACACCUUAAUUUUAGUCAAGUUAGACUCAUGUCAGAGUUCUGACCUCCAGAACUGUAAGAUAAUAAAUUUAUGUGGUCUUAAGCCACUAAGUUUGUGGUAAUUACCAGCAGCAGAAAACUAAUACAGGUGGGGACCAAGAAUCCUUGUUUUACCAAGCUAUGCAGGUAACUGAUAAGACAACCAGGUUUGGGAUCCCUGGAUCAACCUCCCUUCUUUACCUCCAGCAGUUGCUGCCACUUUAUCUGUGCCGCUCAUUCUUCCAACCCUGUCAGUUCUUUUACAGUCCAGUUGCAGUAGCCUAUCCUGUGUACUGCCUAUGACCCCAAACCUUAGCCCAGCCUCUCCCGGUAGCCUCUAUAACAUGUUGGUAGAAGCAGUAUCACUUGCUUUCCACUCAAAGUCAAUGUUUCUAUUCACAUUUCUAUGUUCUCUCCACUGCUACAAGCAUUACAGUCCUGGAACACAUCAACCGCUAAGGCAUAGUAGGGAGGAAAGAAGUUAGUAUAUAUAUCUACACUGACAGAAAUACCCUGAUGCAUAAUAGAAAAGAACGUGCAAGACCCACUGUGAUGCUUCCCCGCUGGCGGUAUGCCUCUUUUUAGGUAGUACGCAAACGAACAUUCUAAACAUGAAUGGCUGUAUUUUGUUUUAGUGUGAAUAUAACAAACACUGGCAUUAUUAUUAAUAGGUCGAGGCUGAUAAAAUUAGAGCUAACUCAAAGCAAAACGUUAAGUAUGCAAUUGUGUAGACACGCUUUGGGGUUGUCUGGCCCGUGUCGGUGGGCGGAGGGGGGCCUUUGAGAGGGAACACCACACUGCAGCCUCAAAGUCCUGUGUGAAGGACCAACCCACCACCCUCACCCCAAAUCCCAAACCUGACCCAGCGAGGUAGGUCCUGCCAACCUUCCCAGACUGUUCUGCAAGUUCCUUCUCCAAGGUCCUGGGAACAGAAGGUCGGGCGGCAGCAGUGGCCGGAAACGGAAGGGGCAAUCCCGCGAGGGCUCUCGGCCCCAGAGAAACCGAAUUUUAGGCACCACGCCCCUCCUCACCCCAGCAACCGAAGGACUCGCCACAGGUGCCUCCCGAAAACCUACAUUUCGCAGGCCGCGGCAGCCACACUGCCGGACCGGAAGUCUGCAGGCCGGCGCUCAGCACUUCCGGGAAGUGACGACAAUUGCGACGUUGAUUGGUUGUUGCUUUGUCCCGCCCACGCAACUUCGGGUUCUUCCGGCUGCGCGUGCGCGCUGUCACUACCGAGCAGCAUGUCGGACACAGAAUACUUGGGCUUUGAGCACAUGGGCCUCGACCCCCGGCUCCUGCAGGCCAUCGCGGACCUGGGUUGGUCGCGACCUACACUGAUCCAGGAAAAGGCCAUCCCGCUGGCCCUUGAGGGGAAGGACCUCCUGGCUCGAGCGCGCACGGGCUCGGGGAAAACGGCCGCUUAUGCUGUUCCGAUGCUGCAGCUGCUUCUUCACAGGAAAGCGACAGGUCCUGUGGUGGAACAAGCUGUGAGAGGCCUUGUCCUUGUGCCCACCAAAGAGCUGGCACGGCAGGCACAGUCCAUGAUUCAGCAGCUGGCUGCCUACUGUGCUCGGGACAUUCGCGUAGCUGAUGUCUCAGCUGCUGAAGACACGGCCUCUCAGAGAGCUAUGCUGAUGGAGAAGCCAGAUGUGGUGGUGGGGACCCCUUCCCGCGUAUUAAGCCACCUGCAGCAAGAGAGCUUGAAAGUGCGGGACUCGCUGGAGCUGCUGGUGGUGGAUGAGGCUGAUCUUCUUUUCUCCUUUGGCUUUGAGGAAGAACUGAAGAGUCUUCUUUGUUACUUGCCCCGGAUUUACCAGGCUUUUCUCAUGUCUGCUACUUUCAAUGAGGAUGUACAAGCACUCAAGGAGCUAGUACUACACAAUCCGGUUACCCUCAAGUUACAGGAGUCCCAACUGCCAGGGCCAGACCAGUUACAGCAGUUCCAGGUGGUCUGUCAGACUGAGGAGGAUAAAUUCUUGUUGCUGUAUGCCCUGCUCAAGCUGUCUCUGAUCCGUGGCAAGUCUCUGCUCUUUGUCAACACUCUGGAGCGGAGUUACCGGCUACGCCUUUUCCUGGAGCAGUUCAGUAUUCCUGCCUGUGUGCUCAAUGGAGAACUCCCCCUGCGCUCCAGGUGCCACAUCAUCUCACAGUUCAACCAAGGCUUCUACGACUGCGUCAUAGCAACCGAUGCAGAAGUCCUGGGGGCCCCUGUCAAGGGCAAGCAGCGGGGCAAAGGAGCCAAAGGAGCCAAAGGAAACAGGGCCUCUGAUCCAGAGGCAGGCGUGGCCCGGGGCAUAGACUUCCACCAUGUGUCUGCCGUGCUCAACUUUGAUCUCCCACCUACCCCCGAGGCCUACAUCCAUCGAGCAGGCAGGACAGCCCGCGCCAACAACCCAGGCAUCGUCCUGACCUUCACACUGCCCACGGAGCAGGCCCCCCUGGAUAAGAUCGAGGAGCUUCUGGGCGGAGCCAGGGGAGAGGUGCCUGAGGGCUGCAAGCAGGAGGCCUUUCAGGCAGGCCCCAUCCGGAAGCCCCUGGCCCUGUCGGACUUUCACGCCUACUCUGCAGAGAAUGGGGCACCUGUCCUGCUGCCCUACCAGUUCCAGAUGGAAGAGAUCGAGGGUUUCCGCUACCGCUGCAGGGAUGCCAUGCGCUCAGUGACCAAGCAGGCCAUCCGGGAGGCGAGGCUGAAGGAGAUUAAGGAGGAGCUGCUACACUCCGAGAAACUCAAGACAUACUUUGAAGACAAUCCUCGGGACCUGCAGCUGCUGCGGCAUGACCUGCCCUUGCACCCAGCGGUGGUGAAGCCGCACCUGGGCCAUGUGCCUGACUACCUGGUCCCUCCCACCCUGCGUGGCAUUGUCCGCCCUCACAAGAAGCGGAAGAAGCCGUCCUCUGCUCACAGGAAGGUCAAGAAGGCAAAGACUCAGAACCCACUGCGCAGCUUCAGGCACCGAGGAAAGAAACCCAAACCCACAGCGACGCCUUCCUGAGGCUGCCCACCAGCCUGGUUCCCAAGUGGCCUGGAUGCUCCUGGCCCUGGACAGGUGUGGGGACUUCCCGCCCUGGACAGGCAGCAGCAACUGUCAGUGCCCACCAGGCACAACGAACUCCAAGGGGCAGGCAGAGGCCCUCGACAGAAUAAAGAUCCCACCUGCCCCUGUUUGUGCCUUGGCAUGAAGCCCGGGAUUAUCCUCUGAAAUCUUGGCACUAAGGGGAUCCCUGCUCCGGUUCUGCCUGCAGUGUCUGGCCUGGCCAGCAGGGGCCAGCCUGCAGAGGGCUGGAUCCAGAGGCCUCAGGCCAUGGCUGACACAGCCACAAGCCCGUGAGCCUGCCAGGAGCUGCACCCUGCUCACCACCUGUGGACUUAUGGCCUGGUGACGUGUCUGCAGUACCCACCUAACCAACAGAUGCGCCUCCGUCCCUGGCAACCCAGACAUUACAUUCCAUCCCCAGGGAAGGUGUACUUCUUGGCUGUGAGCCUGAUAGCCCCCAACCCCUGAGAAUAUGCACACGGCUCAUUCACAGGAUGGUAAGAAAGCUGCCUGCCUCCUGCUCGGGAGCAGCAGUUGAUCCUUGUCUUGUCUCUGGAUUGGCAAAUCCUCCCUGGACUAGUCUGCUUCUCUGUAAGCAUACACAUACAUAAACGGUGGUUGACGUAUA